AUGGCUUCCAAGCUCGUGCCUCAGUUGGUGCGCCAGGCCACGAGGGCUGUCUGCAAGGCUCCUUGCAGACAACCAUUCCAUCCCAGACAGUUCUCAAGCACGCCCGUAUCGCGGAGCGAGGCUUUGUACGUGCACCGCGAUACCGACUUCAACAACCCGAACAUCCCUUUCAAGUUCAAUGAGACCAAUCUCCGCCUCAUCGAUGAGAUCACCAAACGAUACCCUCCCCAAUACAAAAAGGCAGCAGUAAUGCCACUGCUAGAUCUAGGCCAGCGGCAGCAUGGCUGGACCUCGAUCAGCGUAAUGAAUGAAGUCGCCCGCAUACUUGAAAUGCCUCCAAUGCGUGUCUACGAAGUUGCGACGUUUUAUACCAUGUACAACCGCGAGCCGGUGGGCAAAUACUUUGUGCAGGUAUGCACGACGACACCCUGCAUGUUGGGCGGAUGUGGCAGCGACAAGAUUAUGAAGGCUUGCGAGGACUUCCUCGGUGUCCACUCAGGUCACACGACAGAGGACAAGAUAUUCACCUUACUCGAAGUCGAGUGUCUGGGAGCAUGUGUGAACGCGCCAAUGGUCCAGAUCAAUGAUGAUUACUUUGAGGAUCUGACCCCGGAGACGAUGACAACCCUGCUGCAAGCUUUGAAGGAUUCGGCAACAAUCAGUGGGUUUGAUAAGAGUAAGCUGCCGCGACCGGGUCCGCAACCUUUAGACGGAAAGCAACGGAUGACAUGCGAACCAGGUGCUGGUUUGACCUCUUUGAAGGGCGAGCCCUACAAGCAGCAGGACCUCAUGAGAACCGACGGAGAGUUGUAG